UUUGGAUGGGACGUUACUACAGCUGUUGCAAUCAUGUUGUGAGAUUGCCUAGUGGUUUAUGCAAUGGCAAGAUCUAACCAAGAUGAUGUGUACGUAGCACUCAAUGAAAUUUUCAAACUAAAAAACUUCAAGUCCAAAUUGCAAGAACAAGCAACACUUUCUGUAUUUAAGAGGAAGAAUGAUGUGUUUAUUUCGAUGCCAACGGGCUCUGGAAAGUCACUGUGCUUCCAGCUUCCAUCUGUCUUGCAUCCUGGUGUUGCCCUCAUAGUCUCACCUCUCCUUGCCCUUAUAAGUGACCAAAUAUCUCACUUAAAAAAGCUUCACAUACAAGCAGAAACUAUUAACUCCAGGACAGCAGAUACGCAAAGACGCAAAUUGUUUCAUCAGUUGAUGAGCACGCCGUUGGGUUCAAAAACAUAUCUCAAGCUUCUGUACAUAACCCCUGAACAACUCCAAACACCUUUCUCUUCUUCCCUUAUCAGUCAGUUAUACGAAAAGUCAUGUUUAAGCUAUUUUGUUGUGGACGAAGCACAUUGUGUAUCAGAAUGGGGACAUGAUUUUAGACCUGCUUAUCUUGCUUUGGGGAAGAUUCGCCGUAAAUUGUUCCCAGCGGUACCAUGUAUAGCACUUACUGCUACUGCUACGCCUCGAGUUCGUGAGGAUAUCAUUAAGUGUUUAGGACUUGGUGAACUAUCAGGUUACUCUUCUAUAAGCUCGCUUGGUUUCUCUGGAAACCUAGAGGAGUUUAAAUGCAGUGUCUUUCGACCAAAUCUUUACUAUGACGUUGUGUUUGCUGACUUAGUGGAUGAUGUAUAUUCAGAUAUCUUGCAGUUUGCUGCCGAAAAUAUUGGUUGGGACAGGUCUCAGAAAUGUGACUGGACAAAACUUGGAUGCGGUAUCGUUUACUGUCGAACGCGUACUGAUUGUGAGUCAUUGGCUGAAAAGCUUACAUCGCUUGGUUUGUCUUCACGUGCCUACCACGCAGGGUUAUCUAAAUCUGAACGAGAAGACGUUCAAACGGGGUGGUCUUCUGGUUUGUAUCCCAUCGUAGUUGCAACCAUAAGUUUUGGAAUGGGGGUGGAUAAAGCAAAUGUGAGGUUCGUCCUUCACUGGACUCUUCCUAAAAGUUUGGCCGCCUACUAUCAGGAAUCAGGCAGAGCUGGAAGAGAUGGAUUGCAAGCUUCUUGUCGGAUUUAUUAUUUUAAGAAAGAACGUGAUACUGUAGUUUUUCUAACAAACCAAGAACCAAACAGUGGUUCUAAAAAGUCACUUGAUAACAAUCAAUGUCGAAAAAAUGAUAUUAAUACCAUGGUAAAAUAUGUUGAGUCGGCAAACUGUAGACAUCAACAAAUUGGAAUUUAUUUCAAAGAUGAGCAAUCUCCAUGUGGGAAUCAUUGUGAUGUUUGUGUCAGUGCAUCACAAGUAUCUAUGAAUUUGGCAUUAUUUCGUGCUCUUGAAUUUACUACUAAAAUUGGUCACCAGAAUGAUGACAGUACUGAAAAUAAUGGUGAUAUGGAUAAGUUGUAUGAUGGUAAUGAAGGUGAUGAUGAUACAGAAAAUUUUUCAAUUGAUCAACAACGUGAAGAGUAUGAUAAAUUAGAAAGGCAAAAGUUAAUCACAAGUGAAUUUAAUAAACGUCGACGGAAUACAGAUAAACCUAUGCAAUCACCAUGGGUUUCAGCUCCUAAUACAACUGAAGUUCUAAGUCCAGAUAAUCGCAAUGUCGCCGGAAUUACUGGACGGUGUCGUGACCAAACACUUCAGUUGCUUAUCAGUGCAAUGAAAAAAUUAUUCCCAGAACAUGAAGCAUUAUUAAAUCAUUUAUGUGCAAAUGCAGAGUAUGCAUUGUUUAAAGAAUCAAAAGUUGCUGCUAUGUAUCGUACACGUAUGGCAAGAUUGAUCACCUUUGUACGUCGACCAAAUAUUACUAAAGAAUCUAUAUGGAAUGCUGUUAAGAGUAAAGCUGAUAUUCUUUUGACGAAAACAACUGAAAAGAUUCAAUCCACUGAUAAUAAAAAUUCAGUAGUAGAAGAAAAAGCUAAAGUCUCAUCAAACCAAUUUCAUCAUAAAUUGAAACGAUCAUCUUCACCCGAAUCAGACAAAUUCAAUGCUCAAUAUUCAACGCCCAUUGGUAAAAAAUUGAAAUUGGAGUCUGAAUUCACAAAUUUCAAUUCUCAUUGCAAAAGUAAAACGCUUUCACCAAUUGUUAAAUCGGACUCUGUGAUAAACAAUUAUGGUGUUUGUGAAAAUGACGAUAGUGAUUUCAUGGAUUUCAGUGAUGAUGAAGAUGAGAGAAAACCUACCAUAAACUUGAAAGAUAAGUCCAUGAAAAAAGAACAACCUUUAGAUUACUUUUGGACAAAACAACAACAGUCUGAUAACAGAACUAAAUGGAGCAGUAAGCCAAAUAAAAAUGUAAAUAACCAAUCGUAUACGACUGAGGUUGACCCAGAUAUCAAAGGAUGUGACCGAAUGUUAUUGCAAAAUAAAGAUAGUUCACCAGACCUAAGUGAUGAUGAUGAAGAUGAGGAUGAGAAUGAUGAAAACAAUGGAAAAGACUUAGAACGACAACUACAAAUCGAUACAGAAAUAAGAGGAGACAAUGGAUUAUCCAAUUGCAAUGAGACAAAUAAACAUACAGGUAUUGUAAAGUCUGAUGAGGCAGCAUACAAUGUCACUGACAUUGCUAAUAUUGACUGUAGUACGAACAAUGCGGAAUCUCAUAACUCUAUACCAGAAACAGAACUUCAUUCUGAACCUAAGAAACGUCUAGUUUACUUUUGGGAACAAUCUAAUAAAACUAACAGUCGAUCAGUUCCUGUAAAUACUACUGUCAUUACUACUAAUACUGUUAGUAAUAUCAUUCCUUCUGUAUCGGUCAUAUCUACUCCUAGUUCCAAUCACAUUACUAUUACUGGUAGUACAACUACUGGUACUAAUAACACCUGUAGUAAUGUACAUGAUGUCAUCAAUCCAUUGCCGACUCACAUUCAAGAAGAAAUGACUAAAGUCCCAGUUGCAGAACAAAUUCAUCAUAAACAUAGACCGGUGAAUCCUCGUUCAAUCGUUUCAAUUCCAACAAAAACACGGCAUACUGAUCUAAAAGAGGAAAAUAAUGCUAUCUCUUCUGAAAUGAAUUCAUCUACUGCUAAAUUGGCUAAACAAGUAGUAGCUUCUCUGUCACGGCAUUUUGCUAAAGGCUUGUUCAAUAACAAAGAUGCAUUCAAAUUGGUCGCCAAAAAAUUAACUCGUAAGCUACUCACACAUCAUGAAGUCGCUAUAUUCACUAAAUCCAGAUUAGAUCAAUUGGUCGAUCAAUUAUUAAUACACUUUGUAGAGACUAAAACUCAAGUUCAGUCUCCAGAUGAUAUUGAUUGGAGUCGAUUAGCUGGGAUAUUUUUAAGGCUGCCGUGAUAAGGACUCAAUAGAUAAGAUUGUAAAGUGACUUGAAAAACUAUUGUUUUUAUAAUAAAAUUCUUGUUUUUCUUUGGGAAUAACACCUUAUAGAUCAAAUACAUUUGCACAUAUAUAUGUACACAAACAUAUUGGGACAAGCAUUAAUCAGUUUUAGACGAGACAUCUAUACCACAGACCACUUUGUUCAUUUGAAUUUUUUGUCAACUUAGAUUAUAAUCCCUUCAGUUAAUUGAUUAUCUCCUCUCAUCUUGUAUACACUUAAAAAUACACACACAUAUGAUUUGUAUCCCUCUUCUUUCUCUUUGAUACACUUUUUUGUUUUGAAUGAGAAACGAUCCUCGUUUACUUUAUUAAAAAAAAACUAUUGAUUUGACCAGUCGAUAUAAGUAGAUCUAUUUUUAAUUUAAAAUAAUCACAUAAAGCUAACAUGAGAGUUUCUAUAUCGAUUUACAUUCAUAAAAUACAGGAAACAAAAAUCUGAAUAAAUU